CCCAAGGACCAGCACUGACUCUGGCCUCCAACUCUGCUACUGGCAUGAAGGCACAGUAGGCAAAGGUCGGACGGUAGACAUGGACUGUGCCGUCAACACUAUUGGACGUUACGUGAGAAUAGUCCAGUACUGCUUCGGUGACAAUCCUCUAACUUUGUGUGAAGUUGAGGUGAGGGGAGCUCCUUUACACAACACAUGUGGAGAUUCAUCUGUCGUGUUCAGUCGUCACACUGCAAUGGCAAGGCAGCCUCACUACAUCAUCGCCAGCUAUGAAAACAUCGGGAAAUUCGAGUGUGCCAGCAGGUGUCUCAGAAAGGCUUCCUGCAACGCCUUAAACUUCGGGUUACCGUCCAUGGGCGUGGUCAGAUGCGAGAUGCUGGCCGUGGCACAUGACCCUGUCAGUGAUGCAUCCUGGAAUGUGUAUACGAUCAAAAGAGUUCAGUGUCCUUCAGACUGAAUGUGUAUACGAUCAACAAUGUUCAGUGUCCUUCAGACUGAACGAUUUGAAUAUGAAAAGUGUUUUUUUAAAUAAUGAUGUUUUCUUAAAGUAACUCUUACGAUCUAAUUACUCU